GUACAACUACAGUGUACAACAAUCGUUCAAUGCUCAUUCCGCUUUUAACCAAGGAGCGUGUAGGUCGCGUGUAUCUUGCUAUAAAUAUAAACACGUGUCUCAGUGAAUUGUUCGUAUUAUAACCUAAAAUUCUAUAGUGAUUUACGUAAAAUCUAGAAUCCAUUCAGAAGAAAGAGGUUAACCGGAUCAGCUUUAACAUCAAAAAUGGAUACCAACGAUGUGCCGCCCGCUCAGGAAAUGGAGACAUUUCUGCCUCAAAACGAAAAAAGCAAAGAGGUCGAAGAAAAGAAGUACACUCUGACAAAAGAUGCUGAAUCAGGCGAAUAUGAUCCAUUCGAAGACAGGCAAUUAGAAAAUCCAACUUCUCCCACGGAUACACUCGCCCAUCUGCUCAAAGCAUCACUUGGCACCGGUAUCUUGGCUAUGCCCAAAGCAUUUUCGGCUUCUGGAUUAAUUGCAGGAAUAUUCUUCACGAUUCUAGUAGCGGUUGUGUGCACUCACUGCGCGUACGUACUUAUAAAAUGCGCUCACGUUCUCUACAAAAAGACGAAAAAGCCAGCAAUGAGUUUCCCAGAAGUAGCGGAGGCGUCUCUACUUAAUGGACCGGAAUGGGGAAAGAGAUGGGCGUAUUCAUUCAGAAUAUUUAUUUUAACCAGUCUUUUCCUGACGUAUUUUGGGACCUGCUCCGUGUAUAGCGUUAUCAUAGCGAAAAAUAUACUUCAGGUUGUGCAGCUAUACGUAAAAAGUGCGGAGGACUUGUCGAUACGAAUAAUCAUCGUAUUACUGCUAAUCCCUCUUAUAUUCAUGGUCUGGAUUAAGAACUUAAAGUACCUGGCUCCAGUAUCGAUGAUCGCUAAUUUGUUCAUGGGUCUUGGACUUGGAAUCACUGUUUACUUCUUAGUGGGCACUGGUGAAUUGAAUAUUGGCAAGGUGGCCCUUAUAAAGUCACCCGUAAAGUGGCCUGAAUUCUUCUCUCUGACGAUUUUUGCUAUGGAAGCUAUUGGUGUGGUGAUGCCGUUGGAAAACUCAAUGAAGACUCCAAAAGCCUUAUUAGGUUACUGCGGCGUCUUGAACAAAGGAAUGUCUGGAGUCACCGUUGUGUACAUCCUUCUUGGAUUUCUGGGAUACUUGCGAUAUGGAGAAGAAGUAAUGGACACGAUCUCAUCUAACCUCGGACAGAACCCUGGUGACCCCAAAGUGUACGAAAUCCUAGCCCAAGUGGUGAAAGUGAGCAUUGCAAUUGCUGUCUACUGUACUUUCGGUCUCCAAUUCUUCGUGUGCAUUGAAAUCAUGUGGAACGCCAUCAAGGAUAAGUUCACCAAACGGCCUGAUUUCGCGGACUACGUCAUGAGAACCAUCAUGGUCACCCUCUGCGUGAGCCUUGCAGUUGCUGUACCGUCUAUUGGCCCACUCAUGAGUGUAAUUGGAGCUCUCUGUUUCUCACUUCUUGGCUUAAUAGCCCCUGCCUUUAUUGAAGUCGUCACUUACUGGGAAAUCGGAUACGGCCCGUACAAAUAUCUCAUUUGGAAAAACGUUUUUGUACUGAUAUUUGGUUUGUUUGCUCUUAUAUUCGGUACCAAACUUGCGAUCAUAGGAAUUAUAAACGAUAGUGCGUGAAUAGGUCAAUUUGUGCACUUUAUUAGAAUAAUUUUAUUGUGUGAUAGUGAGUAAUAUUUUAACUAACAUAGUAUCGAGGUUAGCGACGCUACCAUCAGUGGUGCUAUUAUAGAAACUAAAAGGACUUUUAUAGCAUCGAUUCUAAGCUUAAAGUUGUCUAAAGUUUUUAAUAGGCCCUAUGGUAUAAUUUAAGUUAGGUUAUUGUGCAUGAGGCAUGAGGUGUUGAAGCAUGUAAAAAUUUAAAAGCAUUCCGGAUUAUAAAACAGUGAGAUUUUGCUGUGCUUGCAAGAACGCAUAUUUGUUUGUUAACGGAUUUGAUAUCUUGAUAUGAAUGUUUCGGCCUUUGAUACUUACCCGAUUAGCUCAACUAAUUUAUACAAACAAAUUAUGUGAGAAUCUAGUUAAUUACCAUCAAAUUUGCAUAAUAACGGUCACAAGUCAAAAUUAUAUUUUAAUAUGUGCAAUUGUUUUUAAAACUACCUUAUCGUGUUGUUGCAAGAAAUAGUUUUGCAUGAAUACAGCAUACAAUAUAUAAUAGUUAUUAAACUUAUUAUUAAUUGUAUGAUCUAUUGAGUAGAUGAAUUUAAAGGCAAGAUAUUAUUUGUUUUAAUGUUAUAAUGGAUUAUAAUUUCAUUA